GACGGAGGAUUAGACAACACUGGUGGAGUCAUGCUUCACACAGCCAUAUCUUGCUGGCAGCCAUUUCUAAGUCUGGCUGUGCUGCUAAUUUUCAUAGGCUCCACCAUAGGUUGCCCAGCUCGCUGUGAAUGCUCAGCACAGAAUAAGUCUGUCAGUUGUCACCGGAGGCGCCUGAUUGCCAUCCCUGAGGGCAUCCCCAUAGAGACUAAAAUCUUGGAUCUCAGCAAGAACAGGCUAAAAAGUGUCAAUCCUGAGGAGUUCACAGCUUUCCCUCUGCUUGAAGAGAUAGAUCUCAGUGACAAUAUUGUUGCCAAUGUUGAGCCUGGAGCCUUUAACAGCCUGUUUAACUUGCGCUCUUUGCGGCUGAAAGGGAAUCGUCUGAAGCUGGUCCCUUUGGGGGUCUUCACCGGCCUGUCAAACUUAACAAAACUGGAUAUUAGUGAGAACAAGAUUGUCAUCCUGUUGGAUUACAUGUUCCAGGAUCUACACAACCUCAAGUCCCUUGAGGUUGGGGAUAAUGAUCUGGUUUACAUCUCCCACAGGGCCUUUAAUGGAUUGCUCAGCCUGGAGCACCUCACUCUGGAAAAAUGCAACCUAACAGCUGUACCAACAGAGGCCCUUUCCUACCUUCACAACCUCAUCAGCCUGCACCUGAGACAUCUCAAUAUCAACCUGUUGCCUGCGUAUGCCUUUAAGAGAUUGUUCCACCUGAAAAACCUAGAAAUAGAUUAUUGGCCUAUGCUCGACAUGAUCCCUGCCAACAGCCUCUAUGGCCUGAACCUCACUUCUCUCUCCAUUACCAAUACCAACUUGUCCACUGUCCCAUAUGCUGCUCUGAAGCACCUGGUUUACCUGACCCACCUGAACCUUUCCUACAAUCCCAUCAGCACAAUCGAAUCGGGCAUGCUUGCAGAUGUGUUGCGCCUGCAAGAGUUGCACAUAGCAGGGGCCCAGUUGCACACCAUUGAACCUCAUGCUUUCCAAGGCCUUCGAUUCCUCCGUGUGCUGAAUGUGUCCCAAAACCUGUUGGAAACUCUCGAAGAGAACGUGUUCCAUUCUGUCAAAGCCCUGGAAAUUCUCUGCAUAAACAACAAUCCCCUGGCUUGUGACUGCCGCUUGCUCUGGAUCUUACAAAGGCAGCCUACACUGCAGUUUGGCGGCCAGCAACCAAUGUGUGCUGGCCCAGACAGUAUCAAAGAGAGGCCAUUUAAAGACUUCCACAGCACCGCCCUUUCUUUCUACUUCACUUGCAAGAAGCCCAGGAUACAUGAAAAGAAGCUGCAGUACUUGGUGGUUGAGGAAGGGCAGACUGUGCAGUUCUUGUGUAAUGCAGAGGGAGAUCCUCAGCCAACCAUCGCCUGGUUGACACCACGACGGAGACUGGUCACCACAAAAUCCAGCGGAAGAGCAACAGUGCUCGGAGAUGGUACACUUGAGAUCCGGUUUGCCCAAGAUCAAGAUAGUGGGAUCUAUGUUUGUGUGGCCAGCAAUGCUGCUGGGAAUGACACCUCCUCAGCCACCCUCACUGUCAAAGGGUUUGCCUCAGAUCGUUUUCUUUAUGCCAACAGGACUCCUAUGUACAUGACAGAUUCCAAUGACACCAGUUCCAAUGGGACCAAUGUGAAUACGUUUGCUCUGGACCUUAAGACAAUACUGGUGUCAACAGCCAUGGGCUGUUUCACGUUCCUUGGGGUGGUUUUAUUUUGUUUCUUACUACUUUUUGUGUGGAGCCGUGGGAAAGGCAAGCAUAAAACCAGCAUUGACCUCGAGUAUGUCCCCCGUAAAAACAAUGGUGCAGUGGUGGAAGGGGAGGUCCACACAGGAGCACGCAGGUUCAAUAUGAAAAUGAUUUGAUGGUUGUGCUCUAGCAUUAUGAAUUUUGCCCCUUUCCUUCUCCUGUGGCAUUCUAACCAAUUCGACACGCUUGGAGGCAGCUACGCUUGGCUGCCGCCGUGUCAAGUGGUAGAUGGAAAUCAAAGAGACUGUCUGAGAUUGUAUAGCAGAGCCUCUUGUUUUGAGGCGGCGUGUGUGAGAGGGCUUUUUUUUUUUUUGCGGAGUUUGGCAUACAGCACUAAUUGUUUGCAUUGCAAAUUUUCUGGCAUUCUGGGGAUCUCAGUAACAAACGGUCAGCUCAUGUUCAUGGACACUUGUUCAAAACA